AUGAAGCAGGCACCUCCUCCUUCACGGCCGGUGCGGCAGAGCAGGCUGACAGCACGACCCCCCUCCUCCACAGCUCUGGAGGUGAGGAGCUGGAAAUGGCUGAGUCUCGUGGGAAAUCACCGGCUCUCAGAUCGGAGAGGGCACACAGGAGGCCUCAUUACCCCAGCACCGGCUCCUCGCUCUGGGCUACAGGCGCGGCGGAGGACUGGGCGACCUCUCCAUGAUCCAGACCUGAAUGGAGGAAGGUCCGCCUGGUGGGGUGUGUGUGAGGGGCCCGCUCUGCUUAUUCAGAGCUGGGAGGCCCCUGUGCUGGGGGUGAGGAUCGGGGGCAAGAGGAGGGGGAGGACCAAACAGCAGCAAGUCUACUUAAAAGAAGGAGUCUAG